AAAUAAAAAAAAUACUAAAUAAAAGCACAAUCAGAAGUAAUGUACAACGAUAAUUCAGAAGGUUUAUUUGGCGGCUAUAAUAGUUACUAAAAGUAUUAAGAUUUGCCUCCAUUAGACAUACAACCUUUAUUAAAUGUUAUAAAGAAUUAACAGUAGGGUCAUAAUCAGAUUUAAUAAACAGAGCAAAAUCAUCAAUAAAAUAGUUUAUUUGGAUAUAAUUAAGAUUACUUAGCUGCUAAUAAUCAAUAUUUUAAUCAAGCACCAGCUUUUAAUUCUAUUUCUCUAUUUGCUUAGAAUUAGUACAACAAUUACCCAUAAUAAUAGUAAGCAAAACCACAACUAGCAUAUAAUUAAGCUUAUAAUCCUUUUGAUGAUUUCUGUUAAAUGGAUAGACCUUAAAGUUAUCCAAUUCAAUAAAUAAAUUCCUAAGCUAUAUCAUAAGCUCUCAAUGCUAAUUUAACUGCUUUAGAUGAUAUAUUUUACUAAUAAUAGCCAUAAAAACCAAUCUAUUAGGUACCAAAUUAAUAAUUUUUGAAUUAUAAUAAUUAAGAAAUUGAAUAAGAUGAUAUUGGAUAACCUAUUAAUAGUAAUAAUGCUGAAUUUGAUUUACUUUUUUGA